AACGGCUGCAACAGUCGCCAAACCGCAACUCGCAACACUACACCGGUGCGCGGCGGUCUACGAUUGUUGUUCUUUUUUUUUUUUGGUUUUUACGGUCGACAUUCGGUUCGACCGUCACCGCCGCGCGUAUAGUUACCGCGCGAACGGCGAGCAACACCGACAGCAGCCGGCGCGCACGCCGAAGGAACACCGCAGCCAAUAAACAGCCGCUGGGCCGGACGGUGUCCCGUACAGGACAGGACCGCCGUCGUUCGCGGGUGCGUGUCUCCCGGACGGUGGACGCGAUGGGACCGACAGUGGCCGCCGCGUGUUUGGCCGUCGUGAUGGCCGCAGUGGCUGCGGUCGCGGCGGACGCGCCCGGCCUGGAACUGGUGCUGCUCCACGCCAACGACAUGCACAGCCGGUUUGACGAGACCGACCUGUACUGCAACGAGUGCCGCGAAGACGACGCGUCGCUGGGCCGGUGCUACGGCGGGUUCGCGCGCGUCGCCCAGUUCGUGAAAGAGCAGAGGUGGUUGGCCAACGAGAGCGGCCUGCCGUCCCUGUUCCUGGUGGCCGGCGACACGUUCCAGGGCACGCCGUACUUCUCGCUGUUCCACUCGGAUCCCGUCGUCGACUUCAUCAACCAGCUGCGCCCGGACGCCAUGACUUUAGGGAAUCACGAGUUUGACGACGGUGUCGAUACUCUUGCAUCAUAUCUAAAUAGAACAAAAAAUAUACCAACAGUUGUGUCGAACUUGAAUACGACGGCAGAACCAAACUUGGAUAAACACCUGUUGUCAUCAUUAGUAUUUACAAUAAACAACACAAAAGUAGGAAUCGUUGGAUAUUUAACAACGGAUACUCCGACCAUAUCAAAUACCGGAAAGGUUGAAUUUUUCGACGAAGUUGAAUCUUUGAAGAAAGAAACUAAAAAAUUACGAGACAGUGGUGUUAACAUAAUUAUUGGUCUCGGUCAUAGUGGCAUUGAAAAAGAUAAAAUAAUCGCCCAAGAGGUAGAAGAUAUUGAUAUAAUUGUUGGAGGUCAUUCCCAUACGUUUCUGUACUCCGGCACUCCGCCCAGCAUUGAAAAACCAUAUGGACCAUAUCCACUAUACGUGACAAAUGUUAAAAAUAAGGUCGUGCCAAUAUUGCAGGCAUACGCGAAUACCAAAUACGCAGGCAAAGUAGUAUUAAAAUUUGAUCCUAAUGGCGAUUUAGUCAGUAUCGAUGGUUCGCCAACAUUAUUGAAUUACGAAAUAAAACAAGACCCAGAAAUGUUGACUGUGAUUGAUAAAUGGAAACCAAAGGUAAUUAAUGUUACAAACGUUAUAAUCGGACGUACGGCAGUCGAGUUGAUAAACAAUUGUCAUAAAAUGGAGUGCAACAUAGGUAACCUGAUAGCUGAUUCUUUCGUAUACUACAAUGUUAUGAAAAAAGAAAUUUACAAUGAAUAUUGGUCUGAUGCUCCUAUCGGAAUCAUUCAAGCUGGUGGAAUUCGGACAACAAUCAACGAAACCAAUCAUGAUGGUUACAUCACUUUAGGGCAGUUAAUAAAUGUCAUGCCAUUUCAAAAUACUCUGGUUAAAAUUACUAUUUCUGGUAGUAGCUUAUUAGAAGCUUUUGAACAAAGCGUUUACAACUUUGUAGAGAAUCAAGGCGGAAAUAAACUUUUACAAGUAUCCGGCGUUCUGGUUGAGUAUGAUUUAACAAAAAGUCCUGGUAACCGAGUGUCUUCACUAUUACUCCGUUGUGGUGAAUGUAACGUUCCUAAAUACAAACCUUUACAGUUAACUGCUAACUAUACAAUAGUGACAAACAGCUAUUUGGCCGAAGGUGGUGAUAAUUUUACGUCAUUUAAAAAAGGAUUAAUAAAAAGCAAAGUAUUAGAUAUUGAAGAUUUCAAUGCAACAGCGAUGUAUAUGAAAUCGAUAAGCCCUAUAACGACUGGAGUAGAGGGAAGAAUCGUCUUUACAGCCAAUAACAAUGAAAAGUCGGCAGGAUCUAAUAUUAAUACACGAAAUUAUCAAUUUAUAAUGAUUACAUUUAUUAUUACAGUAUUAUUUUUUUUCCUUGAAAUAGCAAACUCGGGCGGCCGGUCGACCAGUGCUCGUCUUUUUUUUUUCGAAAAUCUUCUCCGCGGUACACACACACACAGUACACACAUGAGGCCGACAGUGGCCGCCGCGUGUUUGGCCGUCGUGAUGGCCGCAGUGACUGUGGUCGCGGCGGACGCGCCCGGCCUGGAACUGGUGCUGCUCCACACCAACGACAUGCACAGCCGGUUCGACGAGACCGACCUGUACUGCAACGAGUGCCGCGAAGACGACGCGUCGCUGGGCCGGUGCUACGGCGGGUUCGCGCGCGUCGCCCAGUUCGUGAAAGAGCAGAGGCGGUUGGCCAACGAGAGCGGCCUGCCGUCCCUGUUCCUGGUGGCCGGCGACACGUUCCAGGGCACGCCGUACUUCUCGUUCUUCGAAUGGAGACCCGUCGCCGAUUUCAUCAACCAACUGCAACCCGAUGUCAUGACUUUGGGGAAUCACGAGUUCGACCACGGUGUCAGCACUCUUUUGUCAUACUUAAACGAAAUUCAAGGCAUACCUACAGUAGUAUCCAACUUGAAUAUGACGGCAGAACCGGAAUUAAAUAAUUUCGUAUUGCCGUCAUUAGUACUCACCAUAAACAACACAAAAGUGGGCAUCGUUGGAUGCUUGACAACAGAUACUCCGACCAUAUCUAGUUCCGGAGCUGUUGGAUUUUUUGAUGAAGUAGAGUCUUUGAAGAAGGAAACGAAGAAGUUACUCAAAAACGGUGUAAAUAUAAUUAUUUGCCUUAGCCAUAGUGGCAUCGAAAAAGACAAAGUAAUUGCUAAAGAAGUGGAAGACAUCGAUAUAAUUGUUGGGGGACAUUCACAUACAUUUUUGUAUUCCGAUACUCCACCCAGCAUUGAAAAACCAUAUGGACCAUAUCCACUAUACGUUACAAACGUUAAAAAUAAGCCUAUACCAAUAUUACAAGCAUAUGCAAAUACCAAAUACGUGGGCAAAGUUAUUUUAAAAUUUGAUUCUAAUGGUGAAUUAGUAAAUAUCGAUGGUUCGCCGACGUUAUUAAAUCAUGAAAUAAAACAAGAUCCAACAAUGUUGACCGUGGUCGACGAAUGGAAACCAAAAGUAACCAAAAUUACAAACGUUACAAUUGGGCGUACGGCAGUGGAGUUAAUAAACUGGUGUCGUGAAAAAGAAUGCAACAUUGGUAACCUGAUAGCUGAUUCUUUCGUAUACUACAAUGUUAUGAAAAAAGAAAUGUAUAGUGAGUAUUGGACUGAUGCUCCUAUUGGGAUCGUUCAAGCUGGUGGUAUUCGGACAACAAUCAACGAAACCGAUCAUGACGGUUUCAUCACUUUGGGACAGUUGAUUAACGUCAUUCCGUUUGCUAAUGAACUUGUCAAAAUUACAAUUUCUGGUUAUACUCUUUUAGAAUCGUUCGAACACAGCGUUUCUGACUACGAAUUGAAUCGUGGCACAUCUAAAUUUUUACAAGUAUCUGGUAUUCUGGUUAAAUAUGAUUUAACACUGAAACCUGGGAACCGAGUCACCUCAUUGUUUAUUCGAUGUGGUGACUGUAGCGUUCCUAAAUUUGAACCUUUAGUAUUGACUGCAAACUAUACAAUAGUGAUGACCAAUUAUUUGGCAAAUGGUGGUAAUAAUUAUCAGGCAUUUAAAAAAAGAAUGGAUAUCAAAUCACUAGGUAUAGAAGAUUAUAAUGCAACAGCGGUGUAUAUGCAAUCAAUAAGUCCCAUAAUGAGUGGAAUAGAUGGCAGGAUCAACGUUAAAUACGACAACAAUAACGAAAAGUCGGCUGGAUUAAGUAUAAAUACGUGGAAUUAUCGAUUAUUAGUAACUAUUUUAAUUAUAACAGUAUUAUUCUUUAACGUUAAAAAUGACCUUUAGUCGUUAACUAUAAACAUUUAAAUAAGUACUUAUAAUAUAUAAACAGGUUUAUAUUUUUAUCAUAAUUAUUUUUUGUUGGGUACAUCUGCAAAAUUAGCUAUUUUGUCGCAAAGUCUACUAUAUAAAAAUAAUUUAUUGUAUAGCUUAUAACUUAUAACUUAUAGGUACCUAACAAAAUGUAAUACGUAGGCUAGGCUUACCCAUUUUACGAGUACAAUAAUGACCAAGUCAUAAAUAAAUAUUAAUAUUUUUAUAGAUCUUGUAUACUACAUUUCUAAUAUAUUUAUAUUACCGGUAUUGACGAAUAUCGAUAGCUUGGCCUUUAAUAGCAUACCAUAGAGAGAGAAAAUAGUACGCUGUCGUUGUUCGUAUUAUUUUAUCAAAGGUGAAAAUAUAACAGCGUAACAACAAAAUCGAUAUUAUAAACGAUUUUUUACCAUUGAGUAUAGUUUUUACUAUCUAUUAUAUGUUUUUGACAAACUUAGCAAUUAGUGUUAAUAAUAAUAUUAUAAAUUAAAUAUUUGUUCUUGUUAACGACCAAUUAUUAAAUAACA